AACUGUGCUGAAAAUAUCCGCAAACACAUAUUACACACUGGCAAACACGAGGGAGUCAAGAUGUACAACUGCCCCAAGUGUGACUAUGGAACCAACGUCCCUGUGGAGUUCCGCAACCACCUGAAAGAGCAGCACCCUGACAUCGAAAACCCUGACCUGGCCUACCUGCACGCCGGCAUUGUUUCCAAGUCCUACGAAUGCCGUCUGAAGGGCCAAGGCGCCACCUUCGUGGAGACGGACAGCCCCUUCACCGCGGCCGCGCUGGCGGAGGAGUCCCCCGUCAAAGAGCGGCCCCUCCGGGGUGGGCGGCGGCCAGCGGCGCCCGAGCAGGUGCAGCAGGUCAUCAUCAUCCAGGGCUACGACGGGGACUUUGCCCUCGAUGCCUCCGUGGAGGAGACAGCCGCGGCCACGCUGCAGACGCUGGCGCUGGCCGGCCAGGUGGCCCGGGUGGUGCACAUCACGGAAGACGGGCAGGUCAUCGCCGCGAGUCAGAGCGGGGCACACGUGGGCGGGGUGGCGCCCGGGACGGUCCUGCCAGAGCAGUUGGCCGACGGAGCCACCCAGGUGGUGGUCGUGGGGGGCUCAAUGGAAGACCACGGUGUGGACGAACCCCUGAGCCCAGGUGGUGCCAUGAUACAGCAGGUGACCAAGCAGGAGAUCUUAGAUCUCGCAGAGGCCAGCGUCCCCCCGCCAGAUGCGGCCUCUGCCCUGGAUGCCCUGCUGUGUGCAGUCACUGAGUUGGGAGGGGCAGAAGGUAGGGCUGGGCCCGAAGAGAAAGUCAGAUCUGGCCACAAGGACGUGCUGGUCCAGCUGCCCAGUCAGGAGGUGUCCCAUGCUGCCGCCCCACCCGAAGCUCCCGAGAUCCACAUGUUCCAGGACAUUCAGGAGAGCCCCACUGCCAUGGAGCCCGUGGAGGUGCUGACCCAGGUGGUGCGUCCCUCGGCCGUCAUCGCCUCGCAGGAGUGGGCCCAGGUGGCCUUCAAGAAGGUGGUGCAGGGGGUACUCCAGUUUGCUGUCUGUGACUCGGCCGCAGCUGGCCAGCUCAUGAAGGAAGGCGUCACACAGGUCAUUGUGAAUGAAGAGGGCACCGUCCACAUGCUGGCCAGAGAAGGCUCUCAGAUCAUCAUGCAGGAGGCCGAGGCCCACGGCCAGCACGUGGAUCUGGCUGAAUCGGACGGGGAGAUCUCACAGAUCAUCGUGACUGAGGAGCUAGUCCAGGCUAUGGUCCAGGAGUCCAGCAGCAACUUUCCUGAGGGUGCGACUCAUUAUAUUGUGACAGAACUGCCCCCGGGGGUGCAAGAUGAGACGGGCAUGUACUCCCACACUGUGAUAGAGACGGCAGACUCUCAGGAGAUCCUGCAGGCCGGGGCUGCGCUCAGCGCGGAGGCCAUGGUCCCUAAUGGAACCGAACAGUUGACGAGUAUGGUCAUUUACACCCAAGAUGGCUCCCCAGCAGCGACAGUAAUUCAGAGCCAAAGAGAGAGUAACGAACUCCAAGAAGCCUAAAGCGUGGGUCUUUACGCUUGGCACAGGCGGACGUGGAAAGACCCAGCUCGAAUGGGUACAGCGUUCCCUGAACGUUUGCAAAGCCUUCGAGGCAGUGACGUCAUGCUCCAGAGGAGAGCCGCACCUCGAGGCCAGGCCGACAGCCACUGCUGGGAGCGCACACGAGGCACCGUGGCCAGUGGGCCAGGGGACCGCUGCUGAGCAUGGCCAAGAAGGCCCAGGCGGCCGGGGCUCCAGAGGGAGAGCCUGUGCAGACCAGAUCUGUGUACUGUUCGGUUCUUUUGUUAACCGCAUCUUCCCUCCGUUCUGUCUACUGUGCUGGGGAGAAGCUAAGUGUUUUCCUGGGUUUUUCCCCCUACAACUGUUUUCCCAUUUCCCUUAGCAAAGGAUUUGUGCCCUGGGGGGAAGAGAAGGACAGGUGUCUUGUGGCUUGAGACAUGUCUGCUCUUACAGGCCCCGUGUCGCCGUUUCAACAUUGUAUUAUAUGUUUGGUUAAAAAUGCAGCUACAAGUAUUCCACAGUGUCCCCAGACCAAAGGAAGCCUGUUCGUUCAUUUCCUGUAUCGUUUCCCUCUCUGCAGAGAUUGUAGGUAUGUUCAUUGCUCUGGUUGCAUUCUGCUUAAAGAAACCUCCUUCACCCUAUGGUUAAGAAAAGCCUUGACGUUUAUAUUCAGUUAGAAUGUACCUUGAUUAAGACCGCCUGAUGCUUCCAAUUUUGACUUAGUUUCGUACAAUAAAGCCUAUAUAUAAAAUGUGCACUCUGGAAAAUACUGUUCAUAUCAAUAUUUUGCUUUUUAUAAUGAAUGUUCGUAUUGGUAUCAUUUUUGCAGGGUUUAUUUGUGGCUUCUGUCGGUGUGAAAGAGCUGACAUUAAACAUUAAUAAUGGAGCUGCGCCUGCAGCGCUGGCGCUGCCCGGCCUCGCGUGUGUCCAGCUGUGGGCUCGCUGCAGCUGCGGAAUGCAAGGUCAUGUUCCAACGACUCGUUUCCGAUGCGAUUGCUCUUCUUCCUUCUCCAAACUUGUAAACUAAUCCCCUCCCCAAAUGCAAAGGUGGUUUUUGUUCUGUUUCUUUUUUCUUUG